CGCCCUCUCUUUCCGGUAGUGGAGUCUGGAGACGGCCUGCAGGUAAGAGGCCCGGCGGCGGACAAUCUUGCGGCAUCCUUUGGCUGGAGGACCUGGCGGGGCUGAGGACGCGGGACUGGAGUCUUUCUGGCUGAGCUAAAUUCUGGGCGAGAGUCGCGCGGCCGGCUGACCAGAUUACGAAAUGGCGCCUCGCAAGGGGAAGGAAAAGAAGGAAGAGCAGGUCAUCAGCCUCGGGCCUCAGGUGGCUGAAGGAGAGAAUGUAUUUGGUGUCUGUCACAUCUUUGCAUCCUUCAAUGAUACUUUUGUCCAUGUCACUGAUCUGUCUGGCAAGGAAACCAUCUGUCGAGUGACUGGCGGGAUGAAGGUGAAGGCUGAUCGAGAUGAAUCCUCCCCGUAUGCUGCCAUGUUGGCUGCCCAGGAUGUGGCCCAGAGGUGCAAGGAGUUGGGCAUCACCGCCCUGCAUAUCAAGCUCCGGGCCACAGGCGGAAACAGGACUAAGACCCCUGGACCUGGUGCACAGUCAGCCCUCAGAGCCCUUGCUCGCUCGGGAAUGAAGAUCGGGAGGAUUGAGGAUGUCACUCCCAUCCCCUCCGACAGCACCCGCAGGAAGGGAGGGCGCCGCGGUCGCCGUCUGUGAACGAGACUCAAGUUGCUUCUGUUAAUAAAUGGCUUUUGUGUGAGCUA